GCAAGAAGGAAGACCUCUGUGGUGGUUGUGAUAUAGUGAGAAAUACUGAAACAAUUUGAAACAUGCACGGCAGAAAGGAAUGUAAAACCGCAGUGGCAUCGACAAGUACAGAAUGGCGCCGUGUGGCCCCGCACAAGCAGCCAGAUCGGCUCCGUGACAUCCUUAUGAAUCGUGUAUCUAUCCUGCUCAGCCAAAAUACACCACUUCAUCAUUUUACGGAGAAUGUGCGGGCCUCAUGUGAAAUUCUUACUUCGUCUCUGCCACUGGACAUAAGAACAACUGUGAUAAAGAAGGUCGCAUCCUCCAUGAAGAUAAACUCACCACAGGACCUGAAGCUGCUCCUGAUGCUUCACCUUCUAACAGACGUCAGACACAUCACUCUUAGUGCCGGCGACCUCUUACACCUUGGCCGAGACGAAUGCCAUGAAAUACUACAGUUGGUGAAAGAUGUGCCGUACUUCAGGCUGGAAACUCUUAGUCUAGAGAGCAUAACGAUGGAGGAAGGCCUCUUAUCCAGCAUAAUGGGUCGGUCUCCUCGUCUCCACUCCGUCCGUGCGUCGGGCGAACUUUGCACUCAAGUCCUCACACACCUUCGAAGGGAGCCUUGUGCCUUGCGCUCUCUCCGCUUAGACUCUUGCAACGUCUCCGACGAAGAUGUCGUGAGCGCUCUAGUAGGAACAAGGACAGACUUCAACACCCUUGGCAACAUCAUCUGCAAUGGCGGAGAUGUGAAGGAGCUGGAACUUGCUGCGUUACAGUCUCUCCGUUACCUGUCGGUCGAGUCCCCACGUCUUUCUGCUUGUGGUGCUUUGAUACUGUUGGUGUGUCUUCGCAAUCUCCGCCAAAUCCAGUACACCACCUGGAGUUCUCCCAUCGGCGAGACUCUGCUCUUCCUCAACCAGAUCAACCCAACCAUUGGAUUUUUUUCCCUCACCUCGUUGGCAAAGUGGCAGCCCACUCAACAAAGUCUACGAACUUUACACAAGCUUUGUCCACGACUGCAAAAACUCAUGAUUGAGUGCUUCGACCCAUCAGUCACGUCUCUCGAUGUUCUAUCGGAAUUUAAGGAACUAACAGCCUUGAACCUUCGACUUGUCUCCGAAGAACUCAUCGUGUCUGCCGUGAAGGCUCUCGGCAAGAACCUGCUGGAACUGGAACUGGAGUUUGAAGAAUACACCUACCACUCUAUCUCUCUGGACACUAUCAAGGCCAUCCAGGAACACUGCCCACACCUGCAGCGUCUGGAGAUGAAGCACGUCAACAUAUCCUCUAACCCUGGGGACCAUCUGCUCUCCAAGAACACCAUCGCCUUCCCGGAACUCAAAGAACUCGUCCUGUCCAGCGCGGUGAUCCAGCCAGCCUGCCUGGAAAGGCUUUUGUCCGGGAACGAGUCACUGGAAUCACUUGUUCUGGACGUCAAUCAAGAUGCUCUUACUGACACGGUCCUUAGCACAUUCCUGAAGAACAACAAUCUUCAUCGGCUGAGAUCCAUCUUCCUGGGUGCUGGAUCGCUGUCAGCUCAGGCCCUCACAUCCCUCUUGUGUUUGCCCGAUCUGCAGAAACUGUCGCUGGAUCUCAAGAGGUUCCCGUUCAUCCCGGUCUUUGCUUUCACCUCGCUGGAAGGCAGCCUGAGCAAGGGCAACUUCCAGUGCGUCCUCACUAAUGUUAUAAGAGAUGACUAAGUCUCUCAUGUGUAUAUUAAGAGUAACUAUUUAUUAAUGUAUCAUAUCAUAUUUAUUUAAAGCAUGUACAUUGUAUAACUAAAUACUGCUAAUUUAUUCAUCAAAUUCAUUGUAUUCAUUCUGAACGCGUGGUUCAUGGUAGCGUGAAAAUAGACCUGUCAACAAACCUGUAAAUGAUAUUUGAAAAGAUGACAGUCUCGAUUGUGUAGAUUAAGGAGAAAUAUUUAUUGAAACAACUUUUCUAAAGCGCACAUUUGUAUGUGCAAUCUGUAUAUUUAUUGACCAAGUGUCACUAAUUUAUUUAAUUAACUUAUUAUAUUUAUUCUGAAUAUGCUAACGAACUGGUAUUUAUUAAUAAAUUAUUAUGUGAUA